AUGUCUGGAGAUAUUAAUGCUCCAAUCUGUAUUGAUGAUGACGAUGAGAUUGAUCAUGGUCUUAAGAUUGACGAGGACUACAAGUUGCUCUUAGAUAAUAUCGGAGAUCGUGAUAACAGUUUAGGCAUUCUCUUCGAAGACGACAAUGGAGAAUCCGAAACUCGUACAUUCGAUAUGCGUUGUGGUGACUCAAAGAGACCAAAGUUUGAGAAUGAGAAUCAAAUCAACAAGAGAGUUUCUCAGCAGAGAAAGAGGAAGGCUGUUGGGUUUGACGCAAGACCUGUUGCGUUUGAUACAACUCGACAAAACAUUCAACGAGACAAUAGAAGGGCUGAACGAAGAAAGAGGAAUCUUGCUGAGUUAGAGGCUUCAAGGGCUAUUCCGUUACAUAUAAAGCAAGAGAAGAUUCAACGAGACAACGAAGCUAGGAAAAUGUCAGAGUCAAAGGCUGAGACUUUGAGGGAUGUUCCGUUGGUUAGAACCCAAGAAGUCAUCAAGCGAGACAAAAAAGUUAGAAAGUUUGAGAGUCUUGAAACUUUGAGGGAUGUUCCUUUGGUUAGAACACAAGAAGUCACCAAGAGAGACAACAAAGUUAGAAAGUUUGGUUGGUUAGAGGUUGAGACUUUGAAGGAUGUUCCGUUGGUUAGAACCCAAGAAGACAUCCAACGAGACAACAAAGCUAGGAAAAUGUCAGAGUCAAAGGUUGAGACUUUGAAGGAUGUUCCGUUGAUUAGAACCCAAGAAGGCAUCCAACGAGACAGUAAAGCUAGGGAAAUUUCAGAGUCAAAGGCUGAGACUUUAAGGGAUGUUCCGUUGGUUAGUAUCGAAGAAGACAUCCAACGAGACAACAAAGCUAGGAAAACGUCAGAGUCGAAGCUUGAGACUUUAAGGGAUGUACCGUUGGUUAGAACACAAGAAGACAUCCAACGAGACAGCAACGUUAGAAAUUUUGGUUGGUUAGAGGCAGAGGUUGAGACUUUGAGGGAUGUUCCGUUGGUUAGAACCGAAGAAGACAUCCAACGAGACGGUAAAGUUAGGAGAGUUUCAGAGUCAAAGCUUGAGACUUUAAGGGAUGUACCGUUGGUUAGAACACAAGAAGUCAUCCAACGAGACAGCAACGUUAGAAAUUUUGGUUGGUUAGAGGUUGAGACCGAAGAAGACAUCCAACGAGACAGUAAAGUUAGGAGAGUUUCAGAGUCAAAGCUUGAGACUUUGAGGGAUGUUCCGUUGAUUAGAACCCAAGAAAAGAUUCAACGAGACAACAAAGCUAGGAAAAUGUCAGAGACAAAGGUUGAGACUUUGAGGAAUGUUCCGUUGGUGAGAACCGAAGAAGACAUCCAACGAGACAGUAAAGCUAGGAAAAUGUCAGAGUCAAAGGCUGAGACGUUAAGGGAUGUUCCGGUUGUUAGAACCCAAGAGGUCAUCGAACGAGACAACAGAGUUAGAAAAUUUGUUGACUUAAAGGUAGAGACUUUAAGGGCUUCUCCGUCGGCUACAACCGAAGAAGAUAUUCAACGAGAUUAUAGGAUUGCUGAACAAAGGAAGAAGAAAUUUUCUGAAACUAAGGCUGCAGGGACUUCAAAUGUUGUUCCUGCUAUGGAGAGAUUUAAUAGAGUAACAGAGCUUAAGGCUGUAGAGAAGACUUCAAGGUCUGUUCCGGUGAUCCAAAGUGACAAAAGAGUUGUUGUAGGGACAAGGAAGAAGAAGAGUGCAGUGGCUGGGGAUAAGGAUUUCAUGAGGUACCUCAAAUGGCUUAAAGAUACCCUUACAGAUUCGACAGAUGAGCCUGAUGUUCCGUCUGAUUUGGUGGACCCUCCAGUUUCAGAAACUCAAAAAGACUCCACAAUUGUCCCUGGAGAGGGUCUGUUAGUAAAAGUGAAGGUUGAGCCAGAUCUUGAGUCUUGGUCUGAUGAUGAUGAUGAUGAGGAGGAUAUAAUUGCGAUUAGUGACGUCCCGUUUCCGGAUGGAGAAGAUACACCUUUUGUGGCGUCCAAGAGCAAGAGCGUGAUUGAUCUUGAGAAAGAGAGUGCAGAGGAUGAGGGUAGUAGCUGUUUUAGAAGAAAGCUAAUGGUUGUUUUGAAGAAACCUUACAGUGAAAGAGAGUUGCUGAUGCUCUCUGGUCGGGCAUCGAUGAAAAGACCAGUGACUCGAUGUAGAGAACUGCGAAAUGGGAGGGAAAGCAACUAUGAGACUGAUGAAUUGGGAGACUCUUACCUCGAGCAGUUCCCUGAUUUCGAUGAAGAAUACAAGCGUGUGGAAGGUGAUGAUUGGGCAAGACUGGAGUUGCUGCGUGGUUUCUUCUUUUUCUUGGAAAAUGUUGCUCAAGUUGGUGCUUUCAAGCCUUGGAUAAAAAAGUGA